UUAUUAUUAUCUUAAUUAUUUUUUGAUGAAGAUUUUAUUUUCAUGGUUUAUGUAAUUAAUUUCUUGGAGUAUUUUAGUAUUGCAUUCAAUUUUUUUUGGAACUUUGAUUUGGGAAUUUGGUGGAUUAGAUUAGGGUUUUGUGAGUAUGUUGUUGAAGGAUGUUAUGCAUUUUGUAAAUUUUGUUCCAUGCAUGUUUUUUUAUGAAUUUUGAUAAUGUAUAUGUGAUUUUAUGAUUAGGUUUUUUGUUUUUUAUCUUGAAUCUGCUAAUUUGAUGUGUUGGGAAUUGGAAAUUGGAAUUUGGAAGAAGCAAAAAUGGGGAUUUGAGCUAUUUUGAUGCUCAUUUAUGUGUUGAUUUGGUAUUGAGAUCAUCAGUUUCAAAGAAGAAAUUAAUGGAAGUCAUUGCACGAGAGGUUUUCAGGAUUGUGUACAAAUGUUCUUGUAUGAACUGUGGAUGUGAGAAAGGGGAAUCAAGGGUUUGUGGUUCGCCGCACCGAUGUUAUCCGGGAGUCGAAUCAUUGUUGUUUAGUAGUAUGAUAUAUAGCUGAGCAGAAGCUUGUGCUCUUUUGGUGGAUAAUUGUAGGAGUGACCAAGAGUCGGUUUUAUCUUGAUUAGGACUGCUUUUGUGCUUUAGGUCUCUGUGAGGCAUUGCAUUUGGACAUGAGCGAAAUUUCAAUAUAUUUAAAACCGUGCAUUUCGUUGAGAUUCUAAACAAUCUUUAUUGCGAAACAUUGUUCAUCCUUUGGGUUGUGGUUCAAAUGAACCAUAUGAGGAGAAGAACCUGUAAUCAUGGAAAACAUUCGCUUUCAGAUGUCGUAGAUUUGGUAAAGAGAUAGCAUAUAUGUAUCAAGGGUGUCUCUCAUUUUUGCCGUUUGGAUGUGUUUAGUUUGAAGCUGAGAAACCAAAUAUCAAACAAUAUGGAGUAUGUCAUGUUCAUCUUAUGCUAUAGUGGGAGGCUUAUAUAGCAAAUUUCGUUGAUGGAACAUGAUAGGUGCAAAAUAUGGGUUGACAUCAUGUGUUAUUUAUUCAUGUCCUUGUGUCUCAUUUCCUGCUAAUUUGACACCUCAUCAUUUGAAAAUAGAAUAGUUUAAGUUAUUGGUGGAUCCAUGUCGCAUGGCAAAAUAAGAGAUGUUAGGAUAUGGGAUAGAAGAUCUUUACAAAUGAAACAUCAAGGAAGCUCAUUUGAGGGAUCAUACUUACAUCAGUUUUAUUUGGAUGAGGUUGUACUGAAGCUUUACUCAGGGUUUGAACCAACGAGAAAUUUGUUUAACAUGAAGCAGAUGUGAGAUCUUUAAGUAUGUCUGUGUUGAUUGAAGGUCUCCCAGAUGCUGUUGCCCUAAGGUGUCUUGCUCAUGUUCCAUUUCACCUUCAUCCGAAGUUAGAGCUUGUGAGUCGUACUUGGAGAACUGCUCUCCGCAGUCGUGAGCUUUUUAAGGCUAGGGAAGAGGUUGGUUCAUCCGAGGAAUUUCUGUGUGUAUGUGCAUUUGAGCCAGAUAAUUUAUGGCAGCUAUAUGACCCCGUCCAUGACAUCUGGUUCACACUCCCUGAUUUCCCAUCAAAAAUUAGGCAUCUUGCUCACUUUGGGGCAGUGUCCACCGGCGGAAAGCUAUUUGUGCUUGGCGGUGGGAGUGAAGCUGUUGACCCAUCGACUGGUGAUCAGGAUGGGAGCUUUGCAACCAAUGAAGUAUGGUCAUAUGAUCCUGUUAUGAGGAAGUGGGCCCAGUGUGCUCCCAUGCUGGUCCCCCGUGCUAUGUUUGCAUGCUGUGUCUUGGAUGGAAAGAUCAUUGUUGCCGGUGGUUUCACCAGCUGCCGAAAAUCCAUUGCUCAGGCAGAAGUGUAUGAUCCUGAAAAGGAUACAUGGCUUUCGAUUCCCGAUCUUCCUUACACUCAUAACUCAGCAUGCUCGGGAGUUGUGAUUCAGGAUAAAAUGCAUGUGGUGGACAAGGGGCUCUCAAUGGUGCAGGUCCUCGAGAGGCCUUUUGAUGGUUGGUUGGUAGAAGACCAUGGCUGGCUUCAGGGUCCAAUGACACUAGUUAAAGGAGUUCUUUAUGUCAUGAGCCAUGGCCUGAUUUACAGACAGGAAAAUGGUAAAAGAAAGUUGGUUGUGUCGGCAUCAGAGGUAAGUAAGAGAAUUGGUUCUGCAAUGAUUGGAUUGGGAGGAGAGAUAUAUGUAGUUGGAGGUGUGAUUGGUCCUGAUCGAUGCAACCGGGAUAUCAAGCCAACAUCUGAUGUGGAUGUUUUGACUGUAGGGAGUGAGAGACCGAUCUGGCGUCGAGCUACUCCUAUGUCUAGGUGCCGCGGUACUGUACUUGGAUGUACGAAGUUGAGAAUUUAGAGAUGUUUUUUUAAGGAUGUUGUGCUUUGUUGUAAGAAUGCAGGGGGACGAGCUCCUUCUCCACCCCCCUUUGAAUUGUGUUGUAACUGGUUUUUACAUGUCCUUUCGCUUGAUCAUGAAGAUGCUAUAAGUUUUAUAUAGGCAACAGAUCAACGUGGAAUGUAAAGUUUCUUUUAGCACUGGCCAAUUCUUUGCGCAAUUGAUCGAGUACAUGUUGUUUAACCCUUUUGUUGUCUCAAAAUGUUGGAAUGAAGUUUGAUUUUCGGUUAA